AUGGAAGCUCGUCCAAGGGUGAUUUACCUUCCAGACACCAUGAACGACUGGCCGUGGCCUCGUGCGAUGAAUCCUCAUUACGAAGCUGUGAAAGCUGAAGUCGAUGCUUCGUUCCGUGAUUUCAAGGCUCUGAGUGCCAAGUCACAGGAAGCAUUCGACAAAUGUGAUUCUGGUUCGACCUAUAAUGCCUUCGAAUCGGCUUGCGAACUCAUAAAUGUCUUCAUCAUUGUGGACGAGUACACCGACGUUGAAAACGCAGCAGUUACCGAGGCAAUGGUGGGCAUCGUCAUCGAUGCCCUACAUCAUCCUCAUAAGAUACGACCAGAAGGCGAGUGCAUCCUUGGUGAAAUUGUACGACAAUUUUGGGCUCGUACAAUCCAAACUGCAAGCAUGUCUUCUCAGCGUCACUUCCUCGACAGUUAUACCGCAUACCUUCGUGCAGUAGUCGUCGAAGCUCUCGACCGAGAUGAAGCUCAUUGCCGCAGUAUCGAUGACUACAUCAAGCUCCGGCGGGAUACGGUUGCUGCAAAACCUGCCAUUGCAAUUCAUGAAAUGGGAAUGGAUCUUCCCGAUGAAGUGUUUUAUCAUCCCGCCAUUGCUGCACUAGCCGAAUGCAUUGCAGAGUUGAUGCUGAUUGACAACGACAUGAUCUCGUACAAUAGAGAGCAAGCGAGGGAUGAAAACCACAACCUGAUCACUAUUGUGAUGUUGGAACUUGGCCUCGACAGAAGCGGUGCGAUGGCUUGGGCAGCACGCUAUCACACCGAAGUGGAGAAAAGGUUUAUGGACGGUCUUGCGAAGGUCCCAUCAUGGGGACCUUCCAUCGACGUCCUAGUAAAGGAGUAUCUUGACGGCAUUGCAACAUGGGCUCGGGGAAACCAUUCUUGGAGUUACGAGACACAAAGAUACUUGGGUACCAGGGGCCCAGAGAUACAGCGAACUAGACUUGUCACAUUAUUGCCAAAGGUCAACUGCAAAGCCGCAUCCGCAGCGGCGAAGGUCAAUGUUGCUGAUUUAUCCAUCAUGGAUAACACAGCACACUGUGAGCAACCAUCUGGAAGCUCUGGACCAGCCUAAGGUGUGCUCCUCGAGCAUUAUGCCCUAUUUGUCCCAGAUGACCAGUGUGAUGUGAUCCAUACCUCAUCGUCCAGAAGAACGAGACCAGUCAUUCAAGAGCAUAAGACAGUAGUACUGUAGUGAAUAUAAAUAUAUAUCUUCAGGUGUGAGGCCUCCUUGAAUUACACUCACGGACUUGAAAACUAUUGGACUUGUUCUCAUGCACACUUUACGACGGCUGUCCUUGGAUCCCUCUUGUUCGGUGGCGCUUCUUGCACAGCGGAUCAAUGCUACUCAAGCAUGUCUAGAUAUAGAUCGCGGACUGUGUUAUAAAGGG